ACAACCCAAUAGCUGCGCGCUGAGUUUGCUCUUCUGCUCGACGCCUGGACCGACUCACUCGUCCAGCUAACCGAAACAAAAGAUCCGAGCCAAGGCCGAAAUGGCCUGAACAAAACGUUACAGUGACCAGUCCACUGUUACAGUUAGAACCUGAAAGCACAAGGAUGAUGAGAUUGUUUGCUCUUUCCCUUUCCUUCCCCCCGGAAAGCAACAACUUUCCUAGCCACAACAAAAAAAAACGACAUGUCGUUGCGGAGCCAACCCAUAUAAACCCACACAAAUACGCCCAACAACCAAAAAUUCGGAAUCAGAUAUUGAUGGAGCGGCGGUGCCACUACGAGGUGCUCGGCGUCGACCGCGGCUGCACCGCCGACGAGAUCAAGUCGGCGUACCGGAAACUCGCCCUGCAGCGCCACCCCGACAAGCUCAUCCCCACCGGCGUCUCCCAGGCAGACGCCAACGCCCAGUUCCAGGAGCUCGGCCACGCCUACGAGGUCCUCUCCGACCCCAAGGAGCGAGCCUGGUACGACUCCCACCGCUCCCAGAUCCUCUUCGCCGAUCCCUCCGCCGCCAACUCCGUCCCCGACUCCGUCAUCCCCAACCUCUUCAGCUUCUUCUCCACCACCGUCUUCUCCGGCUACUCCGACUCCGGCAAGGGCUUCUACAAGGUCUACGCCGACGUCUUCAAUAAAAUCUACUCGAACGAGCUGAGUUUCGCGAGGAAGUUAGGGUUAGGGAUUGACGCCGUGAGGGAGGCUCCGGCGUUGGGGAAUUUGAAGAGCGAUUAUGCUCAGGUGACGGCGUUCUAUGGCUACUGGCUAGGUUUUUGUACGGUGAUGGAUUUCUGCUGGGUGGAUCAGUAUGACGUCAUGGCGGGGCCGAAUCGGAAGGUGAGGAGGUUGAUGGAGGAGGAUAAUAAGAAGCAGAGGAAGAAGGCUAAGAGAGAGUAUAAUGACACUGUGCGGGGGUUGGCGGAGUUUGUGAAGAAGAGGGAUAAGAGGGUGAUGGAUAUGAUGGUGAAGAGGGAGGAGGAGAGGGAGAGGAAGAAGAAGGAGGAGAGGGAGAAGAAGAAGAAGAUGGAGAAGGAGAAACUGGAGAGGGCUAUGGCGUAUGAGGAGCCGGAGUGGGCGAAAGCGGUCGAGGAGGAAGAGGAAGAGGAAGGGGAUGAGGAGGAGGAGAGGAAGAGGAAUGAGUUGUAUUGUGUGGUGUGUGGGAAGAAGUUUAAGAGUGAGAAGCAGUGGAAGAAUCAUGAGCAGUCAAAGAAGCAUAAGGAUAAGAUUGCGGAGUUCAGGGAGUCGAUUGGGGAUGAAGAGCUUGAUGAAGAGGAAGCGGAUGAUUUAGGUGAGCAAAUGAGGGAGGGUUUGGAGCCUCCUCCCCAAUAUGAUGGGGCUGGAGUGAGUGCUGGCGAGGAUGAGUUUUAUGAUUUUGGUGAUGAAAUUCAGAGGGAAAAGCUAGAUGAGGAUGAUAAUGGUGGUGGUGGUGGUGGUGAUGAUGAUGAAAUGGAACUUCUUCAAGCAAUGGCGGCCAGGCACAAGAGUAGGGAAAAGCUUGAUGAUGAUGGUGAUGACGACGACGGUGAAAUGGAACUUCUAAAAGCAAUGGCAGCCAGGCACAAGAGUAGGGAAAAUGUUGGUGAAGCAGUUGGAGUUGAUGACGGUGAUAGUGGGAGCGAGGAUGAAAUGGAUGUUCUUGAAGCAAUGGUGGCAGGGCGAAAGAGUAGGAAAAAUGCAGCUUCAAGGGUUGAGGUUGAGGAUCCCUUGGUGGCUGGUGUUCAUGUGGAUAAUGAUAUCAAUGGUGUAGGGUCCAUUUCUAUGGAAUAUGAGAAUCGGAAGCCCACCAGAAGGAAAGGGAAGAGUAAGAAGAGUGGUGGAGAAACUAAAAGGGUCGAUAUGAAUGAAAUUAGUAAUGGUCAAAGUGAGGCAGCUAGUGAAAAUGAUAAUUCAGAUAUAAAGGAAUCCACAUCUGAUUCUAUGGUGGAAACUGCGAGUACUAACGAAAAACAGGAUGAUCAAAUAGCCAGAAAGAAGAAAUCUUCAAAACAAACUGUUGAGAAGAAGAAAGAGAAUGUGAAGAAAGAGGCCAACGGCAAAUCAAAGAGCUGCUCCAAAGGGAAGAAAGCUAAGGCAACAUCAAAGAAUUCUAGCAAUGCAUGUGAGGCAUGUGGAGAGGAGUUUGGAUCAAGGAAUCAAUUACAUAAGCAUUUAGGUGACACUGGACAUGCUUCACUGAAGAGGUGAAGAACCAAUUACGGAAACUUGCUGAAUAUUGGAUUGAUGUGAGUAAACUAUGAACCAUAGAAGAGGAUUGUAGACAUUGAUAGGCGGCAAUUCUUUAUUAUGAGCAUUCCUUCAUUUGGAAAAGUUGCAGAAGUAGAAAAGGGUCUGCAGGAAGCAUCCCAUUCUUUUUGAUAACCUGAGUGCAUGCUACAGGUACGCAAGGGGCAUGUUGGCAAAGCAGUCGGCCGGUUUGGUCUGGUUCAUAUGAUUUGUUAAAUCCCUCUUCUGGAGUAACCAAAGAAGAAUGAAAUGAUAAUUAUAGCCAAUUUGCCUUGUAUGCUGAUAAAAAUUUUGAUACAUUUUUAUAUAAUCCUUUAUUAGACGGUAUCCCUUCUUUUUGUUUGAAA